AUGCCGCAGCUCCCUCCGGCCGCGCGUCCGGGCAGAGACGAGAAGGAGCAAGCCAUGAAGACUCUCCUGCUCCUGGGCGGCAUGACGCCAGAUGCCACCAUGCUCUACUACAAGACCAUCAACGACGUGGCGCGCGGCCACGGCGGCGGGCGCACCAGCGCGCCGUUGCACAUCUUCAGCGCCGACCUCGAGGUCAUGAUGCGGCACGUCGGCGCCGCGCGGUGGUCCGACCUGGCGCAGGCAUACAGCGACCCGGUCGCCGCCCUGACGCGGCCCCCGGGACGAGUCGACGCCGUCGUCAUCUGCGCCGUCCUCGCCCACAAGGCGGCCGGCCGCCUGUCGCGGGCGCUCGAGGGCUCGGGCGUGCCGCUGCUGCACGUCGCCGACAUGCUCGCCCGCCACAUCAAGGCGCGCCAUCCGCACGUCCGGACGCUGGGCCUGCUGGGGCCCAGGGUGACCAUGGCCGACGCCCACGACGCAGACUUCUUCAUCGGCAGGCUGCAGAGCACGAGCCACGGGUUCCGCGUCGUGGUGCCGGGCACCCCCGCCGACGUCGACCUCGUCGACCGCGGCAUCAUGGACGAGGUGGUCAGGGGGAGCGCCGCCGUCACCGAGGCCAUCGUGCUGGCCAGCACCGACCUGGGCUUUGUCUUGAAGCAGCGACACGUGGGCGAUGGCGUUCCCCUGAUCGACCCGGCGACUGUGCACGCGCGCGCCGUGGCCGAAUGGGCCCUGCAGGCCUGA